AUGGCAAUGUAUCCAAACGCGACACGUGGAUAUAUGCCGUUUGUGAAACCUGCCCACAAAAGGCAGGCGGCGAAAAAGUCUAGGGUGGACAAAGCAGACUCUCUUAGAGCCAGAUCCAGUGAUAUGAAGACAUACAAAGUGACAUUACGUGAUAGAAAUGGUUUUACAUAUACGUAUAUUAUUCAAGCGGAUACAUCUUCUAAGAGUACGCCCAUUCUUUGCGAGUCUCGCGUUGCGGCGCCAAAGUCACUGUCUUCUUCUUUGCCAGACAUCAAAGUGCCAUCUGCCGAAAGCAUUGAAGCCAGGCGCCACUCCAGCUGCUUGGGUCUUGCCCAGGGAGUGGAAGACUUGACUAAAGUUGACGAUGGUGAAAAGAAAGGUUUGUUUAAUUCUAUCAUCAAUUUUAUCAGAAAGAAAACAACCAGCAAAUCGUCAAAGUCGAAGCAGCAGUUGUCAGCGGUCAAGUCUAAGAGGAAGCCAAAACCCAUGUUUCCAAAGAAAAGACAGAGGACCAUCUCAACGAUGUCCAACCUAGACCCAAUCCAGGAGAGUCCAGAAGAGGAUGACGAUGAUUUCGACACAGAUUCUUACUCCCACGACUCGAGCAGUGACAGCAGCUCUAGCGAGUCCUGA